GUUGAUGCCAGAAAAAUGCCCAAUAACUGCCAGAAGCAUCCCGAAAAGGACCGCAAAAUUCGGGAUGUGUUUUGUAGCAUGCUCGACUGUGUGAAUUCGGGACUAACACCCGCAACGGCUCGCAUUUGCAUUGAGUUGAUGCGCCACGGGGUCCAGCCCAAGCAAUUGGCGGAAAUGAUCAGAACAUUGAAGCAGGAAGUGCGUGUAAUGAAUAUCGAAUCGGGGCUGGUCAAGACAAUGGAAAAUAUGAAAAUGAAGAGUGAUUUUUACGCAAUUAGAAACAAGAGUUUGAGCUCAGAAUCAUUGAUCAGCACGGGAUUGAACGGAGGGGACUCGGCAAUGAAGAAAGGAUUGAGUUCGGAUUCAAUUAGCAACAUUGCCGCAGUCAUCAAUCAAGACUUGAGUCGAGAAUCAAUCAGAAGCUCCGAGAACGAAUCAAUUUUGAAGCAAAUCAAAAGUCCAAUAUUGAAAUGUGCGAUUGAAAAAAUACUUAAUGAAAUGAGUGAUUAAAGACACCAG